AUGGCGACGCUACAGCACUCUGCGCUUGCCAUGCGGCCCCCAGAGCAGCCUGUGUUGUGUGGAAAACUGGAUGUUGUGGCGCUUCAAAAGUCGUGUGGGAGGCUACCGCUGCAGCUUCAGGAGCUGUCUUGCAGGUGUCAUGAUCCGCUGCUUCUCCCUCCCCUCCUCCCUUCUCUAAUCCCUUCCCUCCUUCUUGCCAUCCUUCUCCUCCUCCUCCUUCUCCUCCUCCUCCCCCUGCUUGCUCAGCUGCCGCUGCUUUCUCCGCUUCACCGUCCUGCUGCCCUCCUGUUCCUCCGUGCGUUGUUGAACCUCCCUUCCCUCCUGAACCUCCUUGCCUUCCGUUACUUCCUGCCCUGCCAUCCCGCUGCUCAUCACCCUCCCUGCAAGCACUCUUGCCCCCCCACAUUCAUCUCCCCUCGAACUGGCGCCUCCCCUUUUCCAGCUCUCCUUCCCCCUACCCUCCUUAACAUCAUCGCAAACCUCGCCCUUCUUCUCCUCCACCUCCUCUAUCUCUCCUCCACCUCUUUUCUCUCCUCCACCUCUUUUCUCUCCUCCACCUCUUUUCUCUCCUCCUCCUCACCCCUCCUUGUACUCUUCGCCCUCAUUGUCCUCCCCCCCGUCCUCCCUGUCCUCCCCCCGUCCCCUUCCCUUCUCCCACAUUUUUUUCCCUCCCCCUUGCCCUCCCCUUCCUCCUCCUUCCCCUUGCCCUCCUCACCCUCUUCCCCCUCCUCCCCACCGGCUUUCCCCAUCUCCCACUCCUCCGCCAUAGCCUCUCCUUUCCCCACUCCCCCCAUCCACCUCCAAUGCUUCUUCUUUCACCUGCCAAUAAUUCGUCUGCGCCUCCUUCCCCCCCGCCUUUCUUUUGCUUCUUCCAUCUCCUCCCCCCAUCCCUCCCUCCUCCCCCCUCCUCCCCCUCCUCUCCUUCCUCUCCCCCUUCCCCCCCCUUUCCUCCUGAUCCUGUCUCCGCCAAUCUUCAUCCUACAUUUCUCCCUCUGCUUCUCUCUCCUCUUCCUCUCCUCCCUUACCACUCCCCUCUCCACCUCCUCUCCCCCUUGCCCUUCCUCCCUAUUCCUACCUCUGCACCUUCAUUGCUCUCUUCAUCCGUCUCCCAUCUCGCUUUCUCUCACCUCCCCUUCCUCCUCUUCCUCCUCUUCCUCCUCUCCUUCAUCUUCCCCCACUUCACCCUCCUCCUCCUCUUCAUCCUCCGCCUCCUCUCCGAUCUCCAUCCCCCUCUUCCAAUCUCUACCCCCUCCUCCAAUUCCUCCUCCCCUUCCUCUCCCAUUUCCUGCUCUUCCUCCUCCCCUUCCACCCCCCCCUCCUCCUCUCGGCUCUUACCCUUCAUCCAACUCCCCUCAAUUCCUAUCCCUCCCUCUCCCCCACCCCCACCACCCACCUCCACUGGCUCCUCUUUACCUUUCCACCAUCCCCACUUCCUCGCACCACUCCCCUCCCUCCUCAUUUUCCUUCUCCCUUUGCUCCGCUCUAUCCGCUAUCCCUCAUCGAUUCGCCUCUGCUCCUCCUAACACUCCCACUCCCACAUCACCCAACUCCAGUGGUUCUUCUUUAACGCUCCCACCCCCACUUCCUCGCACCAUGCGUUUUGGCCCUCCUCCUUUCCACUCUUCCCACUCCCCCAAGCACACACAGAGCAGUGACACUUGCACCGCGCUGGCAGGGCAGGCCCCUGGCUGGCCCACUCUGUGCCCCCAGGCCCGUCCGUCCUCCCAGGCCAUCCUCCAAACGCUGCUCCACAGCAGGGAUGGCCCUGGUGGGAGCACUCUCUAUGCUCUUCGCUUUUUGCGUGCUGCUGCCGCUGCAAUCUGCGCCUGCACCACGCAGUGUUUCCAGCCCCGUUCCUCCCACCGCAACGCCCCCUUUGCCAGGACUGGUAGGACUGAUUCGCACACCCUGCACACCCUUCCCUCUCUGGUGCUUCUGCCACUGCCAUCAGCGCUAACAGGGCAGGCCCUGGCAGGCCCCACUCUCUACGCUCUUCCCUCUCUGCGUGCUGCUGCCACUGCCAUCACCGCCUGCACUCCCCACUGCUCCCAGCCCCAUUCGUGCCACCACCAAAUGCGGCUCCCUGCCAGGGCUGGCCCUGGCAGGCGCACUCUCCACACUCUUCCCCCUCUGCGUGCUGCUGCCCUGCCAUCACCGCCCGCACUCCCCAGUGCUUCCAGCCCCGUUCGUCCCACCUUCAAACGCUGCUCCCUGGCAGGGGCUGGCCCUGGCAGGCGCACUCUCCACACUCUUCCCCCUCUGCGUGCUGCUGCCCCUGCCAUCACCGCCCGCACUCCCCAGUGCUUCCAGCCCCGUUCGUCCCACCUUCAAACGCUGCUCCCUGGCAGGGCUGGCCCUGGCCGGGGCACUCUCUACACUCUUCCCGCUCUGCAUGCUGCUGCCGAGGCGGAGAUCCGAGCCUGA